AUGUCUUCUUCCCUUGGUUUUGUGAAUGUUAAAGUGUUGUUUUACCUUUGUGUUACAUUAGUGUUCCAACACCAUUUCGCAUAUUCGACUGCAAAUCGUACCGGCCUAACCUUAAAGGCUUGCGUAGAUGAUUCUCCGGGGUCUCCUAUGUUCCGUAUUCAGGAUCUAAGUGUACCUGAAAGGAUAGAAAGAUUGAUCAAUGUUAGCAAUGCUAGAGCCAACUAUUUGUAUCUAAUGUCGAGUCUCAAUGGAACGAUACUCCCUGAUAAUAUUCGAAUUCCGAUACUACGAGAUGGUUUAUUUUAUAUCGUAACGUUUUCGAUAGGAAGCCCAGCACACCGAGUGAAGUUGUUGUUGGACACCGGUAGUGGUCUCAUUUGGACGCAAUGUGAACCUUGCUUAACUUGUUUUAAACAACUUCUUCCGAUUUUUGAUUCUAGAGCUUCCUCCAGUUAUGCCACACUUCCUUGUACUCAUCCUCUCUGCAAUGGCGAAAGAAGGCCCUAUUCUUGUGUAAACAACCGAUGCGUCUACCAAUACGGAUAUCUCGGUGGAGCCUCCACUGCGGGGGUUAUGUCGUCGGAAGAUUUUAUUUUCUAUAUUGACGAAUAUCAUAUGCAAACGUUUGAAAAUGUUGUAUUCGGUUGCGGUAAUGAUAACGAUAACAUUUUCUUUCAGAACACCGCUGUUUCGGGGAUCUUCGGGUUGAACUUUGCGCCGGAAUCUAUGAUGCAACAGUUUGCCGCUCAAACUCGUUCUCGAUACUCAUACUGCCUCGUUCCUUUUACUGAGCUAGUUCCCGACACACUUCUUCUAAAGUUCGGACAAGACAUUCCGGAGUUGCCUCACGCUGAAUCAACAUUGUUUGUGCAAAGAGCUGGCGACCAUCAUUUCUUCGUGGAAUUGUUGGAUAUAAGUGUUGGUGAUUAUCGUCUAGGAUUGCCUCCAUCUGCUUUUCAGUCUAGAGGAGGUGGGCAAGGUGGUUGCAUCAUUGACUCGGUAUCUCUGUUCACUCUAAUCGAUUCCAACUCAGUUGGUGGAAUGAAUCCAUACGAGAGAGUGAUGCAAGUGUUUAGAGGCUAUUAUGGGUCAAAAGGAUUUACAGCUAUACCAACACGUCCAGGAGGAUUGGAGCUGUGUUAUAACAUCCCACCCAAUUUUAAUGAUUUUGCGUCUUUAACAUUCCAUUUUAAUGGAGCCGAUUACACCGUUCCCGGCGAAUAUGCCGUUUUCUACACCGAUGCAACUCUCUGCAUACCAAUACUGAAGGGAACCGGCAUAACUAUUGUCGGAGCAGUGCAUCAACAAAAUAAACGACUCGUUUAUGAUGGCAUGUUUGAUGAACUCCAAUUUGCUGAUGAAAUUUGUCGUAAUGAUAGGUGA